UCGGGCGGAAAACAACAGUCCCUCUAAAGUUGGAACGUUCCCCGCUUCCUAUUGGUGGAGAGGGAGGUCUGUCUACCGCCGAGAGGGCGCCGAUUGGAUAGCGAGGCGGGGCGGGGAGCCUUGGCGUGUCGCCGUGUGGCGGCGGCGGCGGCGGCGCUGGUUCUGAGGUGAAAAUGUCGGGUCGGGAGGCCCUGGAUGCCAAGAAGUUGGUCCGUUCGCCGAGCGGGCUCCGGAUGGUGCCCGAGAGCCGGGCCUCGCGGAGCCCCUUCGGGUUGGAAGAGCCGCCCUGGGUGCCCGAUAAGGAGUGUCCCAGGUGCAUGCAAUGUAAUACAAAGUUUGACUUCAUAACCAGAAAGCACCACUGCAGGAGAUGUGGAAAGUGCUUCUGUGACAAAUGCUGCAGCAAGAAAGUGCCUCUGCCUCGUAUGUGCUUUGUUGACCCUGUGCGUCAGUGUGCCGAAUGUGCUCUUGUUUCUCAGAAAGAAACGGAGUUCUAUGACAAGCAACUGAAAGUGCUUAUGAAUGGUGCUACAUUCUAUGUAACUUCAGGCACAUCAGAAAAGGCAGAGAUGAUGGUUUGUCGACUUUCAAAUAACCAGAGAUAUCUAUUUCUGGAUGGAGAAAGCCAUUAUGAACUUGAAAUUGCACAGAUCUCAACAGUCCAGAUACUUACGGAGGGAUUUACUCCUGGAGAAAAAGACAUUCACACUUACACCAGCCUUUUGGAAAGUGAACACAUUAUGGAAGGAGGCAAUACUCGUGCUACAGGUAUGCUCCUUCAGUACAAGGUUCCAGGGUCAGAAGAAUUAAAGCAGCUUAAAUUUACUGCUGGUGAAGACUUCAGCUCCAACAAAAAGCUGUCAACUACCUGGCUAGCAGCCAUGCAUAAGGCAGCAAAACUCCUUUAUGAAUCUCGGGACCAAUAACAACUUCUCUCAUGAGAAGAAAAGAGGAGCUGUAAGAAUAAGCUUCUUACUACUUGCUGGCUGACACAUGAUAACAAGUUCUUGGUAAUAGGGAUUCUUUCCUGCUCCCCCACUCCUCCCUUCCUGCCCUAAAUGUGGUUCAUCAUGUGAGCACUGGCCAAUUACAAUGUGAGUAUUUGACCUAUAAGUAUUCACUUAUUUAGUGUGCAAUAUGUAUACAGUUUAUUAAUGCUUUAAAUAGAGCCUUGCAUCUAUGACUUUAUUUUGUUAAAUCUUGUCUGCACAAUAUAAAAUGAAGUGUGACCUGCACUAUUGCUAAAUGUAUAGCACAACUUUUGUAGUACAGAUUAUGUAUACUGUAUAAUUCAUUUUAAAAAGAAACUUUGUUUGAUGUUCAAGAGAAUAGGCUUUCAGGUGUGUAGAUCUCAGGUUUUUCUUUUCCUCAUAUCUAAAUGAUCGCUGAAAUCUGCCUUAGGUAUCAUUUUAUAGAACACACAGUUUCUCUUGUGGUGAGGGGUUUGUAUCAUGAGGUUAUACACUUUUUUUGUAAAAUAAGAUUUACCAAAUACCACAAACUGUUCUGUAUAACUUGAUCUUUUUGAAUGAAGCUACCAAGACAGAUUUUUGAAGUUUUAUAUUCAUGCUUUGUGGUAAUUCUAGCUUUGGCUAAUAAAACCUUAUUAAAUACUA